CGCGGUAAACGUUUCUCUCUUCACAGUGUCACUUGAGUGAGUGCGAGUGUCGAGACAUACAUACCAUACCGGCUCUUCGAUUUUCAACUUUUUACGCAUAGGAUUUGGAACAAACCGUCACAUCUGGAUUAAAAUCCGUAAUUUGAACAUGAGGCUGUGUGUUGCUGGGACUUGACAGCAGCUGAUCCUCCACUGUGGCAGACAGAAUGAUGCUGCCCACUCCCUGUUAUUCACCCACAGCUACUAACAGGCGUGGCCCCCAGCUGAUCUGCUGCCGUAGAGAGUUCCAGAACACUCCAGAGGAGGAUGACGAAACCUCUACCCCCUGCCCCGACCACCACCCCGACCUCCGCUCUGACCUCCGCCCCGACCACCACCCCGACCUCCGCUCUGACCUCCGCCCCGACCACCACCCCGACCUCCAGCGUGACGACCCCAGCUCCAUGGCUGGCUCCGCCUUCAGCAGUCGGAGGGCGGGGCCCAACUACACACCGUAUCAGCCUCCUGUAGGCCUCCCAGUCGGGUACAGCCAGCCUACCCCGUUCCCCAGCCAGGCUGAUGGCUCCUGGCUUCACCCCAGCUACACCAGCGCCUGGUCUGGUCCUGGACCUGCUUACCCCAGCAGCCUGCCCUCCUGCCUCACCCCCCCAAACUACCCCAGCUACCCAGGGGAGAGCUGCUACUCCCGGGGAAGGUCCCUGCCGGGCCGUUACAGCCCUAGUAUGACCAGCCUGGAGCAGCCUCACUCCCUUCAUUCCACCCCCCCCUCAGCAGGCCUCUACCACCACUCUCAGACUCCAUACACCUGCUGUGCCCAGUGCCCUGUGGAUGGCUUCAACAUGGGCCACUACCACAGCCCCCGGCCCAUCGCUGGUUACCGCCUACCCUCCAGGCCCAUGUAUAACUACAGACUGCCAGGUGCAGGCGACGUGCAAAGUGGCCACAUGAGUCCCCAUCCUAACCCAUGCAGUGCUCCGCUCUCUGUGGAACAACCCGUCAGUGCCCCACUCUCUGUGGAACAAAGAAGGGUGUUUGUGACGUACGAAGCCGACAGCGAUAAACACGUCAAACAGAUCAUCAACUUUGUGGCGUUGCUGAGACACAAUGGCUUCGACACACACAUCGAUAUGUUUGAGCAGCAGUUCCGGAGCAUCAGUAAGAUCGACUUCAUGGAGCGCUACCUCAGCGAGAAGGAAUACCUCAUUAUCAUCAUCAUCAGUCCAAAGUACCAUGAGACUGUGACCUCAUCACCGGUCAGCUUAGAGAACGACGAGAGGAUCCUCAACACAGUCUACAUACACAAACAGCUGCAGAAUGAGUUCAUUCAGAACGGCAGUAAGAACUUCCGGUUCAUCCCUAUCCUGUUUCCUGGGGCCAACAAGUAUCACGUCCCGACGUGGCUCCAGAACACUCAUGUCUACAGCUGGCCUAGGGACAGAGAUGACGUCCUACGUCGACUGAUGAGAAUAGAGAAAUACAACCCUCCUCCUAUCGGGAAGCUACCGACCAUCGUCUCUAUCCCCAUCUAACAGCACAGCGCCCCCACUGGACUGGAGGACAAACAGCAGAUUUAAACCAUAAGGCUUCAGCCACACAAAGACCCAUAAAUAUGGAUUCAAUCAUAAUGUCUGUUUUUUGUCUGUCGUAAAUGAAACUUAAGUCAACUAUUUUCGGACAAGUUGCAUCCAUAAAAAGACGGGACAAGUUGUGGAUGUUCUUUGAGACCAUCUCUGUGGUCCUUCAGUCAAUCUGUAAUUUUCAGACACAAAAUCUCUGUUUGUCAGUGACCUAACAGUCAGAAUGGACCUCUGCUCUGAAGACAUCCUCACCCUCCAGAUUAGAACCUGUUGCUGAUCUGGGACCAGUGAAAUACUUUACCUGGAUCUUUAUAGGAUCCAACCGGAGACGGAUCUUCUAUGAUUUGUUGUAAACAACUGUUUUAAUUCUCUUCUGUUCUAUUGAUCUGUUCUGAUUUGUAUCAACUGUUUUAUCUGCUGUGUUGAUCUACAGUCCUAGAACGCACAGAAGGACUGAACAUAUGAGGCACAGACCUCAAUCCUCUCUGCUUCAGUCACGGCAGCUUGUGACUGUCUCUGCAUGUUCAGCUGGAUGUGUUUUAACUGUUCUGUGAACUGACUGUAGUCCUGGAACACAGUGUGAUAACCUACAGUUGAUGUUGGAAGUUUACAUACACCUUAGAUAAAAUACAUUUAAACUCCGUUUUUCACAAUUCCUGACAUUAAAUCCUCAUAAACAUUCCGUGUGUUAGGUCAGUUAGGAUCACUUUAUUUUAAGAAUGUGAAAUGUCAGAAUAAUAGUAGAGAGAAUGAUUUAUUUCAGUUUUCAUUUUUUUUAUCACAUUCCCAGUGGGUCAGAAGUUUACAUACACUCAAUUAGUAUUUGGUAGCAUUGCCUUUAAAUUGUUUAACUUGGGUCAAACGUUUCGGGUAGCCUUCCACAAGCUUUCCAUAAUAAGUUGGGUGAAUUUUGGCCCAAUCCUCCUGACAGAGCUGGUGUAACUGAGUCAGGUUUGUAGGCCUCCUUACUCGCACACGCUUUUUUCAGUUCUGCCCACAAAUUUUCUAUAAGAUUGAGGUCAGGGCUUUGUGAUGGCCACUCCAAUACCUUGACUUUGUUGUCCUUAAGCCAUUUUGCCACAACUUUGAAAGUAUGCUUGGGGUCAUUGUCCAUUUGAAAGACCCAUUUGUGACCAAGCUUUAACUUCCUGACUGAUGUCUUGAGAUGUUGCUUCAAUAUAUCCACAUCAUUUUCCUGCCUCAUGAUGCCAUCUAUUUUGUGAAGUGCACCAGUCCCUCCUGCAGCAAAGCACCCACAAAACAUGAUGCUGCCACCCCCGUGCUUCACGGUUGGGAUGGUGUUCUUCGGUUUGCAAGCCUCCCCCUUUUUCCUCCAAACAUAACGAUGGUCAUUACGGCCAAACAGUUCUAUUUUUGUUUCAUCGGACCAGAGGACAUUUCUCCAAAUAGUACGAUCUUUGUCCCCAUGUGCAGUUGCAAACCGUAGUCUGGCUUUUUAAUGGCGGUUUUGGAGCAGUGGCUUCUUCCUUGUUAUGCGUCCUUUCAGGUUAUGUCGAUAUAGGACUCGUUUUACUGUGGAUAUAGAUACUUUUGUACCUGUUUCCUCCAGCAUUGUAACGGCGGUCCUCCUCCUCUUCAUCUUCGGAAGAGGAGGAGUAUUGAGGGAACCAAGGCGCAGCGUAGUGAAAUGACAUUUUAUUAACGAAAAAAACACGAACUUGAAUAAACUAACAAAAAUAACAAACGGUGUAGACAGACCUAUACGACGAACUCACAUAAAACAAGAAGAACGCACGAAUAGGACAAUUAGACUACACAAACCGAACAAACCGUAACAGUCCCGUAUGGUGCAAACAAUUACACAGACACGGAAGACAAUCACCCACAACGAACACUGUGACAACGCCUACCUAAAUAUGACUCUUAAUUAGAGGAACGCCAAACACCUGCCUCUAAUUAAGAGCCAUACCAGGCAACCCAAAACCAACACAGAAACAGAAAACAUAGAAUGCCCACCCAACCUCACGUCCUGACCAACUAACACACAUAACAAACUAACAUAAAUAGGUCAGGAACGUGACAAGCAUCUUCACAAGGUCCUUUGCUGUUGUUCUGGGAUGGAUUUGCACUUUUCGCACCAAAGUAUGUUCAUCUCUAGGAGACAGAACGCGUCUCCUUCCUGAGCGGUAUGACGGCUGCGUGGUCCCAUGGUGUUUAUACUUGCGUACUAUUGUUUGUACAGAUGAAUGUGGUACCUUCAGGCGUUUUGGAAAUUGCUCCCAAGGAUGAACCAGACUUGUGGAGGUCUACAAUUUCUUUUCUGAGGUCUUGGCUGAUAUCUUUUGAUUUUCCCAUGAUGUCAAGCAAAGAGGCACUGAGUUUGAAGGUAGGCCUUGAAAUACAUCCACAGGUAAACCUCCAAUUGACUCAAAUGAUGUCAAAUAGCCUAUCAGAAGCUUCUAAAGCCAUGACAUCAUUUUCUGGAAUUUUCUAAGCUGUUUAAAGGCACAGUCACCUUACUGUAUGUAAACUUCUGACCCACUGGAAUUGUGAUACAGUGAAUUAUAAGUGAAAUAAUCUGUCUGUAAACAAUUGUUGGAAAAAUGACUUGUGUCAUGCACAAAGUAGAUGUCCUAACCGACUUGCCAAAACUAUAGUUUGUUGACAAGACAUUUGUGGAGUGGUUGAAAAACGAGUUUUAAUGACUCCAACCUAAGUGUAUGUAAACUUCCGACUUCAACUGUAUGUCUGUCCCUAGCAGCACUGAACACAAACAAAGAGCCUUGUGACAUGUUUAUGCCUCUGUAUAAGUAUUGUCUGAGGAGGACAGACAAGUUCAUUAGUCCCAAAUGGCACACUAUUCCCUAUAUAGUGGGGCCCUGAUCCCUAUAUUCCAUAUGGGCCCUGAUCCCUAUAUAGUGGGGCCCUGAUCCCUAUAUGCCCUAUAGGCCCUGAUCCCUAUAUAGUGGGGCCCUGAUCCCUAUAUUCCCUAUGGGCCCUGAUCCCUAUAUUCCAUAUAGGCCCUGAUCCCUAUUUUCCCUAUAGGCCCUGAUCCCUAUUUUCCCUAUAGGCCCUGAUCCCUAUUUUCCCUAUAGGCCCUGAUCCCUAUAUAGUGGGGCCCUGAUCCCUAUAUAGUGGGGCCCUGAUCCCUAUAUUCCCUAUGGGCCCUGAUCCCUAUAUUCCCUAUGGGCCCUGAUCCCUAUAUAGUGGGGCCCUGAUCCCUAUAUAGUGGGGCCCUGAUCCCUAUAUUCCCUAUGGGCCCUGAUCCCUAUUUUCCCUAUAGGCCCUGAUCCCUAUUUUCCCUAUGGGCCCUGAUCCCUAUAUUCCCUAUAGGCCCUGAUCCCUAUAUAGUGGGGCCCUGAUCCCUAUAUUCCAUAUGAGCCCUGAUCCCUAUUUUCCCUAUAGGCCCUGAUCCCUAUAUUCCCUAUGGGUCCUGGUCCCUAUAUAGUGGGGCCCUGAUCCCUAUUUUCCCUAUAGGCCCUGAUCCCUAUAUAGUGGGGCCCUGAUCCCUAUAUUCCCUAUGGGCCCUGAUCCCUAUUUUCCCUAUAGGCCCUGAUCCCUAUAUUCCCUAUAGGCCCUGAUCCCUAUAUUCUCUAUAGGCCCUGAUCCCUAUAUCCCCUAUAGGCCCUGAUCCCUAUAUUCCAUAUGGGCCCUGUUCCCUAUUUUCCCUAUAGGCCCUGAUCCCUAUAUUCUCUAUAGGCCCUGAUCCCUAUAUUCCCUAUAGGCCCUGAUCCCUAUAUUCUCUAUAGGCCCUGAUCCCUAUAUUCCCUAUAGGCCCUGUUCCCUAUUUUCCCUAUAGGCCCUGUUCCCUAUUUUCCCUAUAGGCCCUGAUCCCUAUAUUCCCUAUAGGCCCUGAUCCCUAUAUUCUCUAUAGGCCCUGAUCCCUAUAUUCCAUAUGGGCCCUGAUCCCUAUAUGCCCUAUAUAGUGGGGCCCUGAUCCCUAUAUGCCCUAUAGGCCCUGAUCCCUAUAUUCUCUAUAGGCCCUGAUCCCUAUAUUCCAUAUGGGCCCUGAUCCCUAUAUGCCCUAUAUAGUGGGGCCCUGAUCCCUAUUUUCCCUAUAGGCCAUGUUCCCCAUAUAGUGGGGCCCUGAUCCCUAUUUUCCCUAUGAGCCCUGAUCCCUAUAUUCCAUAUGGGCCCUGAUCCCUAUAUAGUGGGGCCCUGAUCCCUAUUUUCCCUAUGGGCCAUGUUCCCUAUAUUCCCUAUGGGUCCUGGUCAACAGUAGUGUACUAUAUGGAGAAUAGGGUGCCAUUUGAGAUGCAUAUUGUUAUUGUUUAUCAUUAUGAGAGGACACAUGCCAGAGGCUUCUUCCCUCUAUAAUUCUAAAGCAGGGUUCCCCAACUGGCGGUCCGCGGGUGAUUUGAUUUGGGUCCUACCGUAGUGCACUAUAAACAGAUUAGGGUGCCUUUUGGGAUGUAGCCCGAGCUACACUGUACUCACCUGUACUGUGUGUUAAAGUUCAGGUGUAUAUUGAACUGUGUGAUGACAGACUGAACACCUAUCCUCAGGGAAAAACAACAUGACUGACGUUCCAAAGUUACCUUCCCUUCAACGAAGUGUUCCAAAGUUACCUUCCCUUCAACGAAGUGUUCCAAAGUUACCUUCCCUUCAACGAAGUCUUCCAAAGUUACCUUCCCUUCAACAAAGUGUUCCAAAGUUACCUUCCCUUCAACGAAGUGUUCCAAAGUUACCUUCCCUUCAACGAAGUGUUCCAAAGUUACCUUCCCUUCAACGAAGUGUUCCAAAGUUACCUUCCCUUCAACAAAGUGUUCCAAAGUUACCUUCCUUUCAACGAAGUCUUCCAAAGUUACCUUCCCUUCAACGAAGUCUUCCAAAGUUACCUUCCCUUCAACGAAGUCUUCCAAAGUUACCUUCCCUUCAACGAAGUCUUCCAAAGUUACCUUCCCUUCAACGAAGUCUUCCAAAGUUACCUUCCCUUCAACGAAGUGUUCCAAAGUUACCUUCCCUUCAACGAAGUCUUCCAAAGUUACCUUCCCUUCAACGAAGUGUUCCAAAGUUACCUUCCCUUCAACGAAGUGUUCCAGUUUCAAAGAAACGCCUCUUAAUAACUGUACUGGAGGUACAAAUAGCAGCAAACGUAAUGCCUUUUCCCAUGUUGUCUUUUAGGACUGCCCUGCACGAUCCAACCAUGUUGAUCCAACCAUGUUGUCUUUUAGGACUGCCCUGCACGAUCCAACCAUGUUGAUCCAACCAUGUUGUCUUUUAGGACUGCCCUGCACGAUCCAACCAUAGAAAGAAAAUCAAAACAAACACACAUUUUAAAUUGUGUUAAUGUUACAUUUUAUGUUUGCCCACUGUCUUUCUUUGUAAUUAAGAAUUGUGAAUAUGUUAAUGAUGCAGUCGCAUUGGGGAGUUUGGAAAAUGUUUAUGAUGGAUUGUACUGUAUGUCAGUAUCAUCACUGAUAUAUAAUUAGUCAUUCAUGUGACUGUCAUCAAAAUAAAAUACAAUAACACACGAUGAUGACCGACAGUAAACAGAAUGUUUGUAUUAUCAGCUAGUUAAUGGUCAAAACAAGCUUUAAUAAAAUUAGACUUCUGUCCCGUUCCUGACUUUA